CGGAUAAUUCUUGCAUCACAUGUAAAGACAUGCAAAAAUCACAGAGGGCGAAAUUCUAACCUAACAAAAUACGUUUAUUGUUUUGUCUGAGAUUUUUAUUACACAAAACGAAUUAAAAAUGAGUCUAAAAUUAAGUACGCAUGGAUAUUUCGGCAAAAAAAAACAAGAGACUGCCCCACCACAAGGCGUGCGCUGCCAAAAAUGUCUCGAAUUCGGCCACUGGUCCUAUGAAUGCAAAGGAAAACGCAAAUACGUACAUAGAUCUUCACGCACCAAAGUACUAAAGAAGAGACUGAAGGUUAUUGAACAAAAACAAGAAGAAGCACAACAAGAAAUGGCUGAAGCACAGAAAAAGAAAUUCAAAACCAAAAAGAGUAAUGAUUCCUCAUCAGAUGAUUCUGAUUCCGACUCAGACAGCAGUGAUUCCUCGAGCAGUUCAUCCUCAAGCUCUUCAUCAUCAAGUUCGUCAUCAUCAUCUUCUGCAUCUUCAUCAUCAGAUUCAGAUUAAUCAAAAACUAUUGAUUUUCCACAAAUUUAUAAUUUACGACAAAUAUAUUAUGUUUAUAUGGACUAAACAUCUUCUAAUACUAAUAUAUAUUAUUUAUAAGUAAUAAUUGUUUAAUAAAACUUAAAAAUACGCA